AUGGCGACGAUUGUCAACGGCCAUGCCCAGUCCCUCCAGACUGUCUCCGAGCAACCUGAGAACCCAUUCGCAAAGCUCGUGACCGAUCAACUUUAUGCGAUCGUUCCAUCCUUUACGCUCGAAUCUGGAGUUGUUCUGAGGAAUGUGCCUGUGGCAUACACAACCCGCGGCCAGCUGAACGAGAAUGGAGACAACGCACUGGUGAUAUGCCAUGCCUUGUCCGGCAGUGCAGAUGCUGCAGACUGGUGGGGUCCUCUCUUGGGAGGUCCGGGUCAGGCAUUCGAUAUGACGCGCUUCUAUAUCGUCUGUCUGAAUAGCUUGGGAAGUCCAUAUGGCAGCGCAAGCCCCCUGACUUACAAGGAUGGAGAUUCAAGUCAGGAAAGAUAUGGGCCAGAGUUUCCACUCACCACUAUAAGGGACGAUGUGAGGAUCCACAGAAUGGUACUCGACCACCUCGGUGUCAAGCAGCUUGCGGCAGUAGUUGGAGGUUCCAUGGGUGGUAUGCUCGUUCUCGAGUAUGCUUACUUCGGCGAAGACUACGUACGGGCAAUAGCACCGAUCGCGACCUCGGCGACUCAUUCUGCCUGGGGCAUCUCCUGGGGCGAGGCGCAAAGACAGUCAAUCUACUCAGAUCCUAAAUACGAUGAUGGCUACUAUCCUCUCGACGAUCCACCAGCCGCUGGUCUAGGUGCAGCUCGCAUGUCAGCACUUCUCACGUACCGGAGCAGAGACAGCUUUGAAACAAGAUUUGGAAGAAAUAUACCAGAUUUGAACAAGAAGCAGAGCAUAAACUCCCCACAAAGGAAUGGUAAUGUGGACGAGAACGAGCAUUGGCAGAUUCACAACCACGGACACAGCAGGGCCAAGGGCAGCAGGGUGCACAGUCGACCACAAACACCAUCUUCAGAACAACCACCAGACGCGGGUUCAACAACACCAACACCUGUCGUUACAGAUCCGCAGUUCUCCGGCACCACAGAGUUCGAAGUCCCCGUGAACGUAGUCGAGAAUAUAAACAGCCGCAGACCAACAACAACCCACUAUUUCUCAGCCCAGUCUUAUCUUCGCUACCAAGGCACAAAAUUCGUCAGCAGGUUCGACGCCAAUUGCUACAUAGCCAUCACACGCAAAUUGGACACUCACGACGUUUCACGAAACCGAACCUCGACCGUGAAAGAAGCUCUUUCGCAAAUUCAGCAACCGGCUCUAGUCCUUGGCAUCGAGUCUGACGGCCUCUUCACCAUCCAGGAGCAGAAAGAGAUCGCAGACGGUAUACCAAAUGCAAGGCUUGGCAAAAUCGACUCGCCAGAAGGUCACGAUGCGUUCUUGCUACAGUUUGAGCAAGUAAACAAGUAUUUACUUGAUUUCUUCAGAGAAGUGUUGCCGGAUAUCAUGAACAAGCCGGGCAUAGGAGGUGAGAAUGGUGAGCUUGCGAAGGAUGGUGUGGGUCAGAUGACAAAGAGCAGUACCUUUGGCGAGGCUGAGGUAGGGGAUCUGACUGCUUGGUAG